UUUGUCAUCAACAUCCUGUUUGAUUUAUCUUGACCGUGCACUUGCACUUCAAUUCCCUCUGCGAAGUCUCGUGAGAACCCUCCCCCACUGCACAGCUGGUAUUCACUAAAAAAAGAAAAGAAAAAAAAUCAAAACAAAACCAGUCAGCGGAUGAAAUCUGUCCGGCACAGAAGAAAAGGGCUGACAGGAAGAUACUCCCUCCAACAAAUACCACAUACUCAGUCUUCACAGUGCUCCUUUUUAGCAUAAGCAUUCCAGAAACGCACUCCAGGGCAAAAACGUUUCAUGAAGAAAGUAUAAUUUGAAAAGAAGGAUUUUUCUAAAGUAGGUCAAUAUGGUGGUAUGACACAGCUGGAAAAGACUGCUGCACGAAAGCUUUUCUUGGUAGGUAAAAACUUGACAUCAUCAUGGAGACAAAUCACUGCGCUUUCCGCAUCUUCUUCUGCAUUUCUCUGAUCUUGACCCACUGGCACACAGCUUCUGCUUGCCACACAGGCUCUCAGGUAGAGUGUGAGAAAGCCCCAUUUGUGCCGGGUUACAACCUGGUGGGCGAAGGCUUCGAUGUUGUCAGGAUGCGCCGUAAAGGUGCAUUUUUGAUUAAUGUGAAGUCGCACAUGGAUAAUGGCACUUGUACGGUCUGCAAAAACCGCUUUCAAGGAGGGCAGAUACAGAAACUUCCCUCAGCUGUGCUGGACUGGCGUCCCUUCAGCCGCUGCAGCAAACAGCUUUCUAGUGCUCUUCAUCAUUCUGUUGACUCCCUAAUGAAGAGUUCGACAUCGCUCAUCAAUAACAACUGGGAAAUUGACCUAAAUCUGGAUGACAUGGGAAAGGCAAUUUUUGGAGGGAGCCGUUCAGAUAUUGCCAAAUUUGCUCAGUCUCAGAAUGCAAUGGACAAGGCGACGUUUGCCCUCCAUGAGCUCAGCUGCACAUACUACAGUUACAGAGUUACGGACAACCCACAGCUCAGCAAUGAAUUCUCAAAACACCUCCAGCGACUUCCAACACAAUACGAUGAGAGAACAAGACCCCUGUACCGAAGAACUAUAGAUACUUACGGCACUCACUACAUACGACAAGUCCACCUGGGAGGGCGAGUGAGGCGGGUCACGGCUUUUCGAACUUGUCUUGCGACCCUCAAGGGCUUCUCAGAGACCGAUAUCAAGAACUGCCUGAAUAUUGAGUUAAAGAUGACUUUGGGAUUCCUUCCAGCUAACGCUUCGCUUUCCAACAAAUGCUCUCAAAUCCUUAAAGAUAACAUGAGCAUGGGAUUCUACCAGGGCUUCAUGACGCACAAGAUAGAGGUGCUGGGAGGUGAGAAAUACUUUCCAGAACUAGUUUUAAACCAAAGCCCAGCUGAAGCGUACUCCAACUGGAUGAUGAGCUUGCAUGACAAUCCUGAAGUCAUAUCGUACGCAAUAUUCCCUCUCCAUCAUCUGGUGGCGGAUCCUGAGGUUAGCGUCAACCUGAAAAGCGCAGUAACUGAGUAUAUCGAAGAGAACGUCCUUUCUGUAGGUCGCGAGGAGAUUCAAGGUUGCUCGCGAACACCGAAUCUGGAUCACAACUGCUGUCCCAUGCGAGCCGGCCGCGGGAGGUUAGCGGUGUCUGUGCAGAGAGCCGCGGGCCUGAAAGCAGACCUCUUCACGCGUACCGAUGGUUACGUGAAGGUUUGGUACAACCUGAUGUACGAAGAGACUGAGGUGGUGAUGGACAAUAACGAUCCCGAAUGGAACAUCAGCUAUGAUUAUGGAUCUAUUGAGUUUGGUCACGAACUCAUAUUUGAGGUUUGGGACAGUGACGUCAUUUAUAAUGACAUGGUGGGGAGAUGCGUGGUCAGCCCUGAACAUGGGACUCAUUCGCACAGCUGCAAAUUAAAGAGAGGCAUCCUGUAUUUUACUUACAGUGCUUCUUGUGACGCUCAUCUGACUGGACCCAGGUGUAGCAGAUAUUCCCCAAAAACAUAGAACCUUGUAAAUGUAACUAACAAUACAUCCUUAACAACAUAAAGUAUACCGUUAGCAACACUCACAUCUUCAAUAUCAUUUUUUUAUAUAAAUCUAAUGUUAAAAUGUAAUAGCAAAUGAUGAAAAGCAUAUUUGCAUAUUGUUGGUUUGAUGUGUGUUUUUGUGUUUGUUAUGUAACAAAGUGAAAUUAAUAAUAAAAUCUUUUGUCGCCGUUUUGUUCUUUUGCAGAUGUUAACAAUAAGGCAUGAAAACUAUCAGUAAAAUCACGGCCUGAUGCGGAAUAAACCAAAGCAUUCAAAUAAUAUUUUUUCUUUAGCAUUUUAUUUUACAAUCACUUUUAUUUACGCAAGGGUAAACAGACAGUAGAUGUGCUUUCCUGGUAAUUCAUAUUAAAUAUCUUACCUACAGGCAAAUAAUUGGUAAGAAAAAGUACCUGAAGUGAAUGUAGCAGAACCUGCUUUUGCUGAGUUCGACGUGUUCCCAGAUUAAUAUCUUUGUUGACUCUGAAACAACAUUGUGAUAUAAAGAACAAGUUUUCUAAAGAAUAUUAUCUGCUGAUGUGCCAGCUGUAUUUGAGGACUGAGGUGUAUUGUGUGUGUGCAUGCCAUGUCAGCGUCUCUUUUGCUCUAACGCUGACAGCUGCUUUUUGACGAUGUCUAACGCAUCUCUGAUGGUUAAUGUAUUUCGUUUCAUGUAUUUUGACUUUGGCAAAAAUAAAGUUGCUUUUAAUUGAAUCAACACG